AUGACAGCUGUGGGAAGACCCCCAUUCCUGGUGCAGGUUGAAGAAACUCCUAACAAUGGCUCCUCUUGGUGGUGUCCAUCCAGGAAGGCAGCAAGUGCUUGGGGGGCAGAUGUCCUGCUCCGGAGGGAGACUUUCCCUGAGACCGGCUCGGAAGCCUUUCUGGCCCCUGUCUUCUUGUGGGAAGGGGUUCCCGAGGCCUCCGUGUCCAGCCGGGCCAGGCGGUGUUGUAAACAAAAAAUGCCCUUUUCCCUUAUGGGGUAUCCAAGAGCCCAUGUAGAGUCCUUACAUUAGGUUCCCUAUUGGUAGGAGAAAAUAACAGAGGCCAACCAGAGAAUAUUGAGAAGCAAAGCAGCUAGUAAGCCUGAUCUUUAUUGAUCUGUUGCAACAGGGUGCUCCCCUCACACGCAGGAGAGAGGAGGAACCCAGAACAAUGGCGUGCAAGGCCUUAUAAAGACUUUUGAAAUUGCCACCCUGUAGAUCAAGACCACCCCCAGAAGCAUCACACCUACAUCACAGAAAAGGCGGUCUGAAACAGAAAUUUGAAUGUUGUUUUUCUCUUGUCCUUGUUUAUCUCCUGUCUGGCAGGUUAUUUGAUUGGAUUGCUUGGCCAGUCUUUUGUAAUGAUAAAUACUUAGUUCCUGGGCCAGGUCACAGGCUCACACCCUAUUUGUAUUUUAAAUGUGCCCUUAAGACAGGAUUUAUGAGGAAAGAGACAAUGGGGAGGUUUCCCACUUUGACCUUGCAGAGAAAACAUUUGCUCAGCUUAGGAAUCAAAAUGGUUCCAGGUCAGUCUUCCUGUGCUGAUCUAUGUACGUGCUUGGUUGGUAGACUUGUGAACAUUGUUGUUGUUGUUGUUUAGUUGUUUAGUCGUGUCCGCCUCUUCGUGACCCCAUGGAACAGAGCACUCCAGGCACUCCUGUCUUCCACUGCCUCCCACAGUUUGGUCAGACUCAUGUUUGUAGCUUUGAGAACACUAUCCAACCAUCUCGUCCUCUGUCGUCCCCUUCUCCUUGUGCCCUCCAUCUUUCCCAACAUCAGGGUCUUUUCCAAGGAGUCGAGUCUUCUCAUGAGAUGGCCAAAGUAUUGGAGCCUCAGCUUCACGAUCUGUCCUUCCAGUGAGCACUCAGGGCUGAUUUCCUUCAGAAUGGAGAGGUUGGAUCUUCUUGCAGUCCAUGGGACUCUCCAGAGUCUCCUCCAGCACCAUAAUUCAAAAGCAUAAAUUCUUCGGCGAUCAGCCUUCUUUAUGGUCCAGCUCUCACUUCCAUACAUCACUACUGGGAAAACCAUGGCUUUAACUAUACGGACCUUUGUUGGCAAGGUGAUGUCUCUGCUUUUUAAGAUGCUGUCUAGGUUUGCCAUCGCCUUUCUCCCAAGGAGCAGGCGUCUUUUAAUUUCGUGACUGCUGUCACCAUUUGCAGUGAUCAUGGAGCCCCAGAAAGUCAAAUCUCUCACUGCCUCCAUUUCUUCCCCUUCUAUUUGCCAGGAGGUGAUGGGACCAGUGGCAAUGAUCUUCGUUUUUUUGAUGCUGAGCUUCAGACCAUAUUUUGCGCUCUUCUUUUUCACCCUCAUUAAAAGGUUCUUUAAUUCCUCCUCACUUUCUGCCAUCAAGGUUGUGUCAUCUGCAUAUCUGAGGUUGUUGAUAUUUCUUCCGGCGAUCUUAAUUCCCGCUUGGGAUUCAUCCAGCCCAGCCUUUUGCAUGAUGAAUUCUGCAUAUAAGUUAAAUAAGCAGGGAGACAAUAUACAGCCUUGUCGUACUCCUUUCCCAAUUUUGAACCAAUCAGUUGUUCCAUAUCCAGUUCUGACUGUAGCUUCUUGUCCCACAUAGAGAUUUCUCAGGAGACAGAUGAGGUGAUCAGGCACUCCCAUUUCUUUAAGAACUUGCCAUAGUUUGCUGUGGUCGACACAGUCAAAGGCUUUUGCAUAGUCAAUGAAGCAGAAGUAGAUGUCUUUCUGGAACUCCCUAGCUUUCUCCAUAAUCCAGCGCAUGUUUGCAAUUUGGUCUCUGGUUCCUCUGCCUCUUCUAAAUCCAGCUUGCACUUCUGGGAGUUCUCGGUCCACAUACUGCUUAAGCCUGCCUUGUAGAAUUUAAAGCAUAACCUUGCUAGCGUGUGAAAUGAGUGCAAUUGUGCGGUAGUUGGAGCAUUCUUUGGCACUGCCCUUCUUUGGGAUUGGGAUGUAGACUGAUCUUCUCCAAUCCUCUGGCCACUGCUGAGUUUUCCAAACUUGCUGGCAUAUUGAGUGUAGCACCUUAACAGCAUCAUCUUUUGAAAUUUUAAAUAGUUCAGCUGGAAUACCCUCACUUCCCCUGGCCUUGUUCUUAGCAGUGCUUUCUAAGGCCCAUUGGACUUCACUCUCCAGGAUGUCUGGCUCCAGGUCAGCAACCCCCCUGGCUGGGGUGUACGAGACAUCCAGACGACUCAGCAACAACAAGGACCUCCAGACCUCCAAAUUCCUCUCCCAGCGGCGAGCAGCCAGCGGAGGAUCCCUGCUCCCUGGCCGGCCUCGGGCUCGGGCUCGGGGUCUCCCGGGGCAGGACUCCAAGUCCCGUCGUGCACCGCGGCGGGGGCGGGGCCUGCGCGGCCAAGGAGCGUGACUGCGACCUCGCCGGGAAGCCGAGACGGGAGACGCCGCCGCCGCCGCCGCCGCCGCCGCCCGGGCCCGGAGGGGGCUGGCCGAUCCCUCCCCAGGUGGGUCCCCUCCGCCCUCCGCCCCCCGGGAUGGCGCAAGAGGGGCGCCCCUCCCCACCCAGCCCGGGGGCGGCAGGCGGGGCCGGUCGGAGGCUGACCCCCCGCCCCCGACCCCUCCCCUCCCUCCCCCGGGGGUGUCGCGGGCGGGGGCGGCCUCGGAACAAAGGCGGCCCCGAUCCCGGCAGGGUCGCCGCCGACGGAGAGCCGGGCGGGGGGGGCGCAGGAGGAGGGCAGCAGCCCCCCCCCAUGCCAUGCCAUGCCCCCACCCCAAGGGCGCCGGGCGCAGCGAGCCCGGGACAGCCGCCGCCGGGGGGAGGAGGAGGGGGCGGGUCCGCGACUGCCGGGCGGCCCCCCCCCCCCCCGUUUCACCCUCCGGGCGGCUGGUCACCUGCCUGCUGCUGCUGCUGCUCCUGCAUGCCAGGCUGAAGAAGCGGAGCUCAUCUCUUGCACAGCCUCCUGAGAGUGCGGGGGGAGGGAGAUGUGGCCGAGCCCCCCCCUCCCCCCCCAAUCUGUCCGGGCUUCUCUUCCUGCCCUGCAGACACUUCCAAAUCUAUCUCAGGCCAGUGGUGGAUCUCAGCCUGCAAGUGGAUUUUGACAUUCUUCCAGGCAGGCGGGUCAAGGGCACAAGGGGCGGGCAGAGUUCGCACCCAGGUCCCGAGGAAUCCCUUGCAUGUGCGUGGAGAGCGCGGCCAGGAGAUGGGGUGCAGGACUUAAUUGAUUUGGAAUAAAAAGGCGUGAGAGAGAGUAGAACAACAUAGCUGAGGCCUUCGCGUGGCAAGCGGGUCCGUUUUGCCCACAUGAAAAUAAUAAAUACUUCUGCCUGCCUGCAGGGCCACAUUUGACACAUUACAUGGGACAAAUCUGAGUUUGCAACUGGAAGAUGCUUUCAGUCCGGAUGCUUGCAUUUUCAGGUUCACACCAAAGACUUCAGUUUGCAAAGAGCCCCUUAAAAGUAGAGGAGAGGGUUGUGACCUGGGGGUGUCCCCCGUGUCAGAGGCCCUUUUGCUGGCCCAUCCACCCCUCGCAAGUCAGCCCCCCCCCCGGCCUUUGCCAGCAGCGGUGACCUUGAAAGAUGCGAGUUCAAGUGCCAUUUUGAGGGCACCCCCGAGAUCAUGUCUCCUGGGAGCUGGAUUGUUUGUGCCUGUUAAAUCUGUAUUGUUGCAUUUAUAAGAAGAGGUUGUUGGCUCUUUUGAAAUCCGUCUGGAAUAGAAGGGCAUGCUUUUUGUGUGCAUUUUCCCUUUGUCUUCUAUCAGGAUGCCGCUUGACCUUUUGGAGCAGGAGUAAGUUGGGAGAGGAAGAAAGGGGUGGGGGAGAGGAUAAACCUCACAUGAAGGAGUGGGUGGCUUAGGGUGGCCGCUGCUCAGUUUCUUUAUUCGUUUUAUUUAUUUCAUAAAAUUUAUACAGCGCUUCAUUGUUAAAAGGGGAAAAAACCCUUUCAAAGUGUUUUACAAAAAGAUAAAACAAAAUUAUCCAUAAGGAAAAAUAACAACAACAAUGGAAAACUAUCAAAAAGUUAAAAUGGCAAUAAUUGGAAACAGAUUCAAGCUCGCAUCACCUUCCUAAGCAUCUAGGUAGGCUUGUCUAAACAAUGAUGUUUUAAGCAGGCACCUGCCUGGCGUCAAGAGGCAGGGAGUUCCACAGGGUGGGUGCUGCCACACUACAAGAUUGAAUUCUUACAAACGCAGAGCAGGGAUUACGUGGCCCCAGUGCCCAUUCCAGUUCAGUUGAUCAGAGCAGGAUGUCUUUUGCAGCCCAGUUACAAAUGUGGGGUGCUGAUCGCUGUGCCUGCUUGGGGUUCCUGCCUCGUAGGGGGUUGGACUGGAUGACCCUGGGACCCUGCUGACUCCGCAGUGCUGUGAUUCUAUCUUGCAGGUGCCUCAAGGACACUCAGGCCUGUUUUCCCGCGGGAGGUGCAAGAGGAUGGCAGAAGGGGUCCAGAUGCAGAGGGAGGUGAUGCUGGAAAAUCGCAAGCCAGUGGCCCCACUGGGUGAGGACCACCCCCUCUUUCCUCUCUUGAUCAAAGAUGGCUUUUUGGGGGGAGAGAGCUGGGGGUGUCUGCUGCGUGAGGAGCUCAGGGUCCGAGGCCCCCCAUCUGCACAGACACACAGACUAGCAAAGUGUCAGUAAAGUUUUGCUGACAGGCAGUCUGGCCACUAAAAUGGGUCCAGGAAGAGCAGGGAGUGGAUCAGAAAGGGAGGAUAAAUUGGAUGCCCAUUUGAAUAAAUCUCUCCUUAGUGGGGAAGUUGAGGUGUGGCGGUUGCAGGGCGGGGGGGACACGAAUGGGAAGGAGGAGGAAUGGCCUCUUUGGCAGUCCCUCUUUAUCCAACUCUAAGAUUGCCACACACAUCCCAACCCCCACACUAUAUUUAAAAUCAAAAGAAUAUUGUAUUUAAUUUAUAGUGAAAGGGGGGCGUGGUAUGUGUGAUUGUAACCAAAAAAGGAGGAACCAAAUAAACCACCUGUGACUUGUUUUCACAGACCCAUCUUGGCUCUUCUGAUAUACACUUCCCUUAGUUUUAAGGGGGAUUUUACUAUUUCUACAGAUUUCCAAGGGUGGGGAGUUGCAAUGUCAUCCCCCCCCUUCUUGAGUUGGACAAAGUCCUUCAAUGUGGGCGAUUUAUUUAUAAAAUUUAUAAAAUAAAUACACUGCUUGAUUGUUAAAAAAAUAAAACAAAUUCAAAGCAGUUUACAAGAAAGGGAAAAAAAUAAAAUUAUCAGUAGGAAAAAAUAACAAUAAUUGAAGACGUUCUAAAAGCUGGAUGGUGGGGUCUGAACUUGGGCUGAGUGCAGACCAGGGUUGGCUACCAUUUGGGGCCCGUCAGCCCCGUCCACAAAAUGCUCAACCCGAGUUUAGUGGCUCCCUUCACACACACACACGGUGUGUCAGGGUGUCCACCUUGUUGGCCUGAGUUUGGGGGAAGGUGUGCAGGAGGCACAAGCCCCCCCCUUCACCUUACGCAAAGGUACGCUUGCAAUGUGCUUCUUUUGUACUCUUGGGUCGUCUUUAUGAGGCACAGGGCCUGUCUCUCGUUGGCGGGGGGCGACCAGUUGCCGACAUGUGUCACUCAAUACUUAGAUUUGUGGGUUUCUUUAUUUGGUGGCUUUUGUGCGCCCCUUUAUUUGAGUGCUGACUGACUGAGCCUUCCAGCUCUGCUACUUAGCUUUUAAAUUCUGACUAUCUUUAGGUUUGAAACGUGAGCCGUUUUGUGCAGUCCAGGUGUCUUAGGAUACCUCGGUGGGAAAAUAUGCAUUCGGAGUCACAAGGGAGCAGCUGCCUUGGAGAGACUUUGGUGCUCUGGAGGUGGAGCAAGAAAGGAGGGUUCCCCUUCUCCCCUUCUCCCCUUCUUCCUCCCUCUGUCCUGCAUUGGAGGGUCGUCGUCGUCUUCUUUUAGCCCCUCUAAACCCGGUUGCUAAAGAGAAAUGAAAGACCUUGGCCUCUCCUUUUGGCACUGCCUUUGGGCCUGGAAGGAGUCAAAUCCAUGUUUUGGUUCCGCAGGGUGAAUGUGGAUUGAAUCUGCUUUGCGGACGUGCCCCAGAUCUUCCGCCAGGUGCCCAAGGGAGGCCGGACUCUGCACGGAUUCGGCUGCCAGGCCUGACAAGGGACUGAAGCCAGUCUAGCGCUGGGCUCCCGCCGUGGUCCAGGCCAGGACCCAGGCCGGUUGCCAUGGAGACGGCCUUCUCUUCCUUGCGGAGGGAAUGGAGGGGGCCCGGCUUCCUCCCUCACCCUGGAAAGGCAGGACGUUCUUUGCCCCCUCCUGGGAGCUUGGCCUGACUGCUCGUUCGUGGCCCCUUGGGAGACGCCAUGGCCCAAAGCAAGGAAGUCUCGUGGGGCAGGAGGCCCGACUGCGCUCCUGCUUCCACAUGGAAGGAGCCUGGGCAGCUCGGGGCUUUUGCGUCCUGUUUUCAGGCCAGGAGGCUGGGCUUGAAUGUCUGCUGAGGACAGCCUGGCCUCCGUGGGCGUCCUAAGGACAGAGGAAAGCAUCACACGCCAUGUCAGGUGUUUGGUCCCCCUUCCCUAUGAAGGAAGGUCGCAGCAUUUGGGACUUUUCCGUUUAGAGAAUAGGAGACAGAGAGGCAACAUGAUAGCGGUUUAUAAAAUGAUGUGUGUCCUGGGGAAAGUGGAGAGAGGAAAGUUUUUCUGUCUCUCGUCACAUAAGUAAUCGUGGACAUCCAAGUGGAACAUUGGGAGAUCCAGGACAGAUGAAGAAAGUCCUUUACGCUGCCCAGUGAAUCUGUGGAACUCUCCGCCUCAGGAGGCAGGGAUGGCCACCAACCUGGAUGGCUUUAGAAGAGCACUGGACCAAUCCACAGAGGACAGGGCCCUCAAUGGCCACUAGCCAUGAUGGCUCUUCUUUGCCUGCAUGGUCAGGCACAUUGGAAAACCCGCAAAUAAACGGCUUGGCACUUUGGGGACGUUUGCCUGGCGUGGCUGGAGGCAGAGAUUUCUGGUGACUCACUGCCUGGUGACUGAUGCUGGCAGGUUCACACAUUCUGGUGGUUGCUCAAGGAUGUGGGGUGAAUAAGGGCAGGUGUGACCUUGCUCCCCAGGUGGGAAAGCUAUAAGGGAGAGGAAGAGGCAGGUGGACAGGCGUAUGGAAGCAGAGCUCUGCGGUCUGCUAGGGGUGAAAGGGGCAGCUAGCCCCUCAGAACGGAAAGGGGUGAGUGGGUCGGCCGGUGGGGGGUGGGCACGGUGGAUGGUGUAGGGAGAGGGGAUGUGUGUGGGAAAGAGGGUGGGAAGGGAAGGGGCCGGGGUGGGGCUUCACCUGCCCUGGGCAUCUCUGGACAUCAUCCAGCCCCCCGUCCCGUCCAGUGGGAUGCAUAAUCCUUGUGUGGCCCCACAGCCAAAGUCUGGCAUUUCCCUUUGUGGAGUGCUUCUCUGUCAGCCAGUCAGAGCUGUUUGGCAGUGGGACGGACUCCCUCCUUCCUUGGAGGUUCCCCCAACAGGGAUUCUUAAGCUGAGAUUCCUGCAUCACAGGGGGUUGGACUACAUGACCCUCAGGGUCCCUUCCAACUCUACAGUUCUAUGAAAAAGCAGCCCAGGGCCCCAUGCAAGAGGAGCAGAGCAGAAGAACUGGCAGAAGCAGUUGCCACACACCCCAGACACAGCCUCUUCCGCCCGCAGCAGGAGCAGCCUCUCCCAAGCUGAACUCUGCAAAGGGAACCAAAGGGAAUCCCCCCUCCCCCGAGCGAUGGCUUCUCCUUGCUCCUGGGACCCCGGCAGCCCCCCUUCAUCCUUGGAGGAAAGGCCUGUCUGUCAAGAGCAAACCGGGGCAGGUUGGCUUCCACCUUAGGGGCGGGCGCUUCCUCCAGGCAGUCUCUUUCAGUGCUGCAGCCGAGCUUUGUGACAUUAAACGUCCAGCAUGGAAGUCAUCCUGGGGAAUUUGCAGGCUGGGGAAGAGGCCCUUCCCUGCUUCUGGCUGAUGCGCGGCCCUCGCUAUGUGUGCAUGAACAUGCUCAUCAGGCACCUGGGCAUGCACGCAAAGUGAUGCAUCCCAUCAGGAUUUGGAAUUGCUGUGAAACCCGCCCCCCCCCUUCUAGAGCUUCCUUCCAGAUGCCCUGGAAUCCCUUGCAGGAGGAGGACUGAAAACGCCCCCUGACUUUCUUGCAGGAUUUACCUGCAUUGAGAAAUGCCUUGUGGUGGGUUGCAUAAAGAGAGAGGUGCAGAAGCCGCGCCCCGAGAAAGAGGGCCGACUGCGAGUGUGUUCCCACCUUCUGAGUGGCUUCCGCUGGCGCUGCCAAAGGAGCGCGUGAGUCCCUGGGGAUGGAGCCUCUGAGCCCCUCCUCGCUUGGGGCACUUGCCUGAAGGCACCCGGGUGACUCCUCCAGAGGCUUCACGUGUCCCAGGGAAGGAGUGCCGCUGCUUUGACUCCAGAAGGAGCUUCACCUCCAGCCAAAGCAGAGAAAAGUGCGCAGCCCACAAGGGAUUCCUGCACUGCAAGGGGCCGGGCUAGAUGGCCCUUGGGGUCCCUUCCAAGUCUAUGAUUCUGCGAAGCCCAAAAGGUAUGUAAGGUGCUGGCGUAGCAAAGGCCUGGCCUGCAGCAGCAACAUUUGCCCCACGUACAGUCAGCCUCUGGAGUGGAGUCCCUAAGACAGUUGGGUGGCGCCUGGCAUGCCUUCUUCCAGCAACUCCUGCAGCCCAGCUGGUGCCCCACAUCUUGCUCUGCUUUCUUUUGGACCCCAUCAGCCAGGCCGACUCCGGGGUUUGGGCAGCCCAGGACUUCCAUGCGCAGUGCCCCAGGGAGGUCACUACAGUGCUGCUUGCUUGACUUCUUAUAGGACUCCAUUCUGUCUCGAGACAGACAGAUGCCCACAGCAACACAUUAUCAUUCAGAUUUAUUAAAUUUAUAUGCUACGCUUCCCCUUAAGAUUACAGGGCAGCUCACAGCAUAAGUUAAAUGUCCAGCCUCCCCUUCUCACAGGCGCCAGCCACAUGUCUCAGUGGGAAGAAGCCCACAGAAGGGCAGGAAGGUCACAGCAGCAGCAGCCGUGUGAGGUCCCUACAGACUGGAGGCAGCAAAACGUUGUCCCCAUCUUCAGAAACGGGGGAAAGGAAGACCCAGGUAACUACCGACUGGUGAGCUUGACAUCAAUACCAGGGAAGGUCCUAGAAUAGAUAAUUCAACACUCGGCCUGUGAGCAUUUAGAAAAGGAUGCUGUGAUUACUAAGACCCAGCUUGGGUUUCUCAUAAAUAAGUCAUGCCAGACCAAUCUGAUUUCUUUUUUUCUUUUGAUGGAAUUACAGACUUCGUGGAUCAGGGGAAUUCUGUGGACAGAGUGUAUCUUUAUUUCAGUGAGGCUUUGGACAAAGUCCCCCAUGAUAUUCUUGCGAGGGAACUGGUAAAAUGUGGGUUGAACAAGGUAACUGUUAGGUGGAUUUGUAGCAGGUUGACUGAUUGAACCCAAAGAGGACUCAUGAAUGGUUCCUUGUCAUCCUGGGGAAAAGUGACAAGUGGGGUGCCACAGGGUUCUGUCCUGGGCAAGUUGUUGUUUAACAUUUUUCUAAAUGACUUGGAUGAAGGAAUUGAGGGGAUGCUCAACAAAUUUGCAGAUGACACCAAACUGGUAGGAGUAGGUAAUGCUGCAGAAGACAGAAUCAGAAUUCAAAAUGACCUUAACAGAUUGGAGAAAUGAAUUUCAAUAGGGACAAAUGCAAGGUUCUGUACUUAGGCAUGAAGAACCAGAUGCACAUAUAUAGGAUGGGGGACACCUGGCUUACUAGCAGUACACGUGAAAAGGAUCUAGGGGUCUUGGUGGACCACAAGCUUGACAUGAGUCCACAGUGUGAUCAGCAGCAAAAAAAGCUAACACUAUUCUAGGCUGCAUCAACAGAAGUCUAGUGUCCAGAUCAAGGGAAGUCAUAGUCCCGCUCUCUUCUGCCUUGGUCAGACCACACCUGGAAUACUGUGUCCAGUUCUGGGCAUCACAGUUUAAGAAGGAUGUUGACCAGCUGGGAAGUGGGCAGAAGAGGGUGACCAAGAUGAUCAGGGGUCUGAAAACUAAGCCUGAUGAGGAACAGUUGAAGGAGUUGGGUAUGUUAAGCCUGGAAAAGAGGAGACUGAGAGGAGAUAUGAGAGCCAUCUUUAAAUAUCUUAAGGGCUGUAACAGGGAAGAGGGAGCCUGCUUGUUUUCUCCUGCUCUGGAGGGCAGGACUCAAACCAAUGGCUUCAAGUUACAAGAAAGGAGAUGCCAACUAAACCUUCAGAAAAAAAUUCUGACAGUAAGAGCUGUUUGGCAGUGGAACUGACUCCCACGAGAGGCGGUGGACCUCUUCCUUGAGGUGUUUCAGCAGAGGUUGGCUAGCCAUCCUCCCUGGAUGCUUUAGCGGAGAUUCCUGCAUUUCAGGGGGUUGGACUAGAUGACCCUUGGGUCCCUUCCUAGUCUAAGAUUCUAUGAUUCUUCCCCCUGCCCAACUCCCAAUGAUUCUCACCAACUGGCCUCUGACAGCAGAGGUUGAACUGUAGUCCUCGUGCCUAGCCUUGUCGCCAUGAAUUUGUCCAGUCCUCUUUCAAUCCUGUCUACUUUGGUAGCCAUCAGUACUUCUGGUGGCAGUGAGUUCCACUGUGUGAAGAAUUGCCCUCUUUGAUCUGUCCUGAAUCUUCCAAUGUUCAGUUUUGCUGGAAGGCCCCAUCGGGCCCUAGGAUUUAAAGAGUGGGGCGAGAGAGACUUCUGCCUGCCUUCGGUAAUCUUUCACCCUCCCCUGCAGCAUAAAUCUGCCUCCCUUUUGCUUCCCGUUGGCCAGCUAUUCUUGAUCAGGCGCCAGCGUGGGCCUAGUGAUUAGAAUGCCAGGCCAGGACCUGGGAGAGACCUGGGUUCGAAUCCCCGCUUGGCCGCGAAGCUCCCUGGGGGUUCCUUUAGAAACCAGUCAUUGCCUCUCAGCCCAGCCUGCCUUGCAGGGUUGCUGUGGGGAUCAAGUGGGAGGAAGGAGAACUCUGCACGUGGCCUUGAGCUCCUUGGAGACACAGGUAGGAUAUAAGUGCAAGGAAUCAAUGGGGACAGCUGCUCCUGGCCUUCUCUUUCGGAAAGGGAAUGCAAGCACUGCCAACUUGGGACCCGCCUGGGUGUGAGUCAGGCUCCCAGAGGCCAAGUAACGCCUUUGGGAGCCAAGUCGGAAGGGGUUUUACCUGCUGCGCCCUGGCACCGGGCUUCCUCCAGGCGCGUUUGAGGAGCAGAGGUUGCCAGGCCAGACACCUUUGGGAUAAAGCAGCCCAGAACAAGCGGAAGUUUGUUGGGGGGGGGCUGCCUCCUCUUCCUCCUCCUCCUCCUCCUCCUCCUCCUCCUCCUCCUCCUCCUCCACCUCACAGGGGCUUUUGCUGCCCAGGUGAGAGCUACUGAAGUUGGCGCUUAGGGGGCAGAUGUGCUGGGACAGUCUGUGGGUCUGGAUAGUGGUUGUUGGGGAGGCAGAGGGCCAAGUCCAAGCCCUGGCACUGCCAGGAGCCAGGCAGUCACUUCUCCACCCCAUUUUUACGCAGCAACUGCACAAUCCUCCUUGGCAUGGUGCCCAGCUAAACUGUGGAACUCCCUCCUUCAGGACCCGGUGAGGACCACUGACCUGGUGGCUUAAAAGCGGGUUAAGCAAAUCCCUGGAGGAGAAGAGGGCUCUGGGUGACUCCUCCCCAGGAUGGCUCUGCUCUGCCUCCCAGCCGGGGCAGCAAUGGCUUCUGAAUCCCAGGAGGGGAGAGUGGGUCUUGAGCUGCUCAGGUCCUUCUUGUGGGUUUCCCAUCUGGUUGGCCCCGAGGGAAGAGGAGGCUGGACCAGACGUGCCUCUGGCCUCAUCCAGCACGCUUCCCUUACCUUCUCAUGGAACUCCAGGGCCAGAGGCAGGGAGGGAUAUUUGGCCUCGCAACUUGAUGGUCCCCUUUUGGGGGCUCUUUGGGGGUUCUUGGGCUCCCCCCGCCUCAUGAGGAUGACUUUGCAGGACGUGUGGGAAGGAGCUGAGCCUCUCCUGAUCUCUGGAGGCAUCAGCGGAGGAGGAGUCGCAUCUCAGGUUCAAACUCAGGCUGUGGAGCAGAGAGGGGAAGGAGACUCAGCCCUGAGUCAGGAGUGAGUCAGGAGAGCCCGACACCCCAGUAGGACAGAAGACACACACACACACACACACACACACACACACACCACACACACACCCUUGCAGCACUGCGCUUACUGCAGCCCUCGAAGGGGAGGCUGUUGGCUUCCUUGCGGUGCAAUCUGGUGACAGUCACAUGGCUUUUAUAACGAAGCGCGGGGGGGGGUUGCAGGCGGCUCAGAUGCCCCUUUGUCCAUCUCUGGCAUCAGGACAAGCGCUCUGGGCCUGGGCUGGCAGUCUGGGAGAGGUGAGGGGGUGGGGGUGCUCUUUGAGGGGCAUCUCCGGUUGCCCUGCUUGGACUGCUGGGGGGGGGGGGGCUCUUGGGUGCCAAUGUCACUGCAGGCGCUCAUUUCCUCAGGGGCCCAGAGUCAUAGGCUUGUAGAGCUGCAAGGGACCCUGAGGGUCAUCCAGUCCAGCCCCCUGCAGUGCAGGAACUGUGGCCCCAGUGCUUCCCAGAGUGCCGCGCCAACACUUGCGCGCCCUUCUCCAGACUCCGCUGGCCUUUCCAGAUUUGCAGCACCACCUGCAGAGACAGAGGUGACAGCGGCAGAAUAAUGGCCUCUGCUCUGGGUCCCAGAAGGAUGGCUGCUGUCUGCGCAUGGGCAGGCUGGUGUCUUAGGAAAAACCCCUGUGGAGUCGGCCUGCACGCACCCAGGACUUCCUCAAUAGCAAGUGUUGAGUUGAGUCCUUGCGCCCCAAAGGGGGACUAGGGAGCGGCUAGGGAUGUCGGCUUCAAAGUGCCCUCAUUUUCCAUGGGAAGAACCUCUUGGGGGCAGGUUGUGCUGUGCAAAGUGCCCUGGUUUGGGGGGCAGGCAGGAACCUCCCUUCUCUGCAGAGUAACUGGGAGGAGUCCCCCCCCCACUACAUGGGACUUCUCAUUUAUUUUCUUUCUUUUUAUGUAUAAAUGAUUUCUUAAUAAAGCAAAGACAAAGAGCACAAAGAGAUGCGGUUACAGCAGACGGAAAGCCGCCUUAGGUUGGACGUGAUCCUUGAGCUUGUUUUCCCAAACUGUUCCUCCCCCCCAUACCCAUUCGCCCCCCCCCAUGAACCUGUUAGGCUGGUUUGCACACUUUCUUUUGUAAUAAGUUAGCUAAAUCAUAAUUACUCAGGACCUAGUUUUCUCAACGCAUUUGGAUAUAGCAGGAGAUGUGCUCCACAACCGGAAUUUUUAGCUGUUGUAAUCUUAGCAGCAGUUAGAAGGUUGGAUUGAUCAUUUUCUGGAAUCACAUCUUUUGGAUGUUAUAUUUUAGAAGCCCCAAGGCUUCUAAGACAAGGCAAAGCGUGUGGCUUGCGGAUAAACUUGUGCCCCAGUACCUCUCUCUUUGGAAACAUACUACUGAUUGGAGCCUCCAAUUGUUUGGUGGUUUAUUCCAUUUGCCCCCCACUCUUCCUCAGGGAGCUCAAGGUGGUGUAUAGAGGUCUCCUCCUCCCCAUUUUCUCCUCACAAUGACCCUGCGAGGGAGGUCUGGCUGAGAGGCAGGGACUGGACUCAAGGUCACCCCCGGCCUGCCCAAGGGGGGAUUCGAACCCUGGUCUCUGCCAGUCUGACCUGCUAACACUGUGCCUCACUGCUUACAGAGAAGUGUUGCCUGGCGGAUCUCUCAGCUGCCACACCUGCAGGAAAAGAAGAAGCCAUGUGGUGGAGGGAGAGCCAGGAUCCGGAUCGAGUGGGUGGGUGGGGGUUGCAGAGACCCAGAAUGCUGCUAGCUGGCCACUAUUUGGUUCCGGCUGCAGACGCUGACCCCCAGGAUUAGAAACUCACAUAUGUAAGCUAAUCGCCAAAUGGUACCUUAAACCUCAGUUGUGGAGACCACAAUGGAAAGUCUAGGCAUCAUUUUUUCAUCUGUGAAUCCCACCCCCCAAUUUCUGUACCAUUUUAUAUUUUAAAGAAAAAAUCUCAAAAUGCUUUACAACACAUUGAAACAUCAAAUAAAACCACCCAGAACAAAAUAAAACCAAAAACGCAAGCUUCAAGGAGAAUAUUUCAGAUCCUUCUCUAAGUGACAUUUUGCUUUCCCCAUAUUUAUUUGGCGAUUUCAUUUAUAGAGCUGCCUCACGGCAGAAAGACUCCAGGAAGGCAGUGUGGGGCAGUGGUGAGGGUGUUGGAUGAGGACCUGGGAGAUCGGGUUCGAAUCCCCACUCAGUCCUGAAGCUCACUGGGUGACCUUGGAGUCAGUCGCAACCUCUUAGCCUACCUCACAGGAUUGUUGCAGGGGUUAACUCAGGAGGGUCAUGAACCAUGUACUCCUUGGGAGAUAAAUGCAGUAAAAAAACUCUUCUGCUCACCUGAUUAAGAAAGCUGGAGGUGGCUGGGGAAUUUUGAGCACUGCUGACCCGGCUUCUUCCUCCUGGCAGACUCUGCAUCCACCAAAGAUGCAGCCGCCUGUGACCUUGAGGAGGAGGAAGAGGACGAGCAGGAACAAGGGGAGGCCGACUGGGCAAUGGAGGAAGACAUGUACAUUGGGGAGCCCCCUGGCAAGAGAGAGGCAGCCGUCGCUGACCCCCCUGCGCAGGACAAACCGGGCAAAGGAGCCGCCUCCUCCACCAUCAGCAGCCCAGGUACCACUUGGGGGUCUCCUUGGAGCCUUGGCUGCAUGUAAGGGGCAAAAGGGAAAAGCCAUUCCUCAGAUCAGAGCCGCCCACACUUUGGGGGCCCCACACACCCCCGUCCCAUAAACUCAUCCCAGUGCCCCCCCCCGCCCUAUUAAAUGCAUUAUUCAGAACAGGGCUUUACACGAAGGAAAAUUACAACAAUGAAUUUCACAACAGGAACAAUUAAUUGCUCGUUAGUGAUGUUAUUCAUUUCAUUUUUAUAUAUCUGUAAGCCACACUGAGUCCCUGUCAGGGGAAAAGGCAGGGUCUUUAUAAAUGUAUAAUAAAUAUAAAACAAUAAAGUCGCACCUUGGAAAUUGAACGGAAUCUGUUCCGGCAGUCCGUUCAACUUCCAAAACAUUCGGAAACCAAAGCGCGGCUGCAGAAGCCCCGUUGGACGUCCAGCUUCCAAAAAUAGUUCCCAAACCAGAACAGACACUUCCAGGUUUGUGGCAUUCAGGAGCCAAAACGUUCAAGAACUGAGCUGUUAGAAAACCAAGGCACGGCUGUACAAGCACAUUUUAUUUGUAACAAAAAACCUUCAAAACGGUUUUCAACCGUUUUCAUUUAAUGUAUUAAAAUGUUCCGAAAUAAAACAUCAGAUAUAAAAUAUACAUUCUGAGGGUUUGGGGUUUUUUUACAAUAAAGCGCUGUAUAAUUUUUAUGAAAUAAAUAAAUGAAUGAAAUGGAAGCGUCUUGGAGCAAUGCUGGACCCAAGCGCACGCCUGCUUCCCUGCCUGAGCCCCUCACUGGGCAGCACUGGCUCCACUGCAGAGCCGCAUCCUGCCUGAUCCGCCGUUGUCAGAACUCGAUCUUGUACACUUUGGAACUCCCUGCCUGUUGACUUCCAGCAAGCGCUUUCGCUGCGCUCCUUUCGGCACCUGCUAAAAAACAUCCCUCUUUUAGAGAAGCCUGCCCAGAUGUUCAGGAAGCCAGUGGGAGUUUUAAUCUGCUUUGCGUCUGUUGUUUUAGCUUUUCCAGUGUCUCUGAUGGUUGUUAUGAGUUCCUCUUACUGGUAAAGUAUUGUUUUAUCUCUUUUUUUGGUCCAACACUUUGAGCUUCUUCCUUUCUAACUAUGAAAAGGACUCAUCAGAGCAGCCCUCUCUCUCCACUUGGGGUUCCUAUACAUCCGGAAUUUCCUGGACAAAUCCAGAAUACUGCAGUCACAAGCUGUGUCUGGGCAAAAAUCAGCGAAAUGUCCGGGGAAAUUCAAUGUUGGCAAUGUUGGUUUUGCACACAAAAAGCUCAACAACUGUUUUGCUCAACCCUAUCUCCGCUUGCUCUCUAGGCUGCAAAGGCCCCCCCUGGAUGUCCCCCCGCCCUCCAGAGCCGCCUGGCGCCUGGCGGGGCCUCUGCACCUGGGAGUGCUGGCACCAACGAGUCCUGGAGCUCCUGGAGCAGGAGCAGGUGGCCCAGAGCCCCCCGCGAGCCGCUCAGGUGAGCAGAGGGAGUGGGCAGUGGGGUCCUAGGCAGGAGGGAGGGGGAAUAAGCAAGAGAUACCCCUUGCCAAGAGAUGUCCCUUGUAUGGAAGGGAGAGCUGGACCAUCAAGAAGGCUGAUCACCGAAGAAUGGAUGCUUUUGAAUUCUGGUGCUGGAGGAGACUUGAGAGUCCCAUGGACUGCAAGAAGAUCCAACCUCUCCAUUCUGAAGGAAAUCAGCCCUGAGUGCUCACUGGAAGGACAGAUCCUGAAGCUGGGGCUCCAAGACUUUGGCCACCUCAUGAGAAGAGAAGACUCCUUGGAGAAGACCCUGAUGUUGGGAAAGAUGGAGGGCACAAGGAGAAGGGGACAAUGGAGGACGAGAUGGUGGAACAGUGUUCUCGAAGCUACAAACAUGAGGGAGGCAGUGGAAGACAGGAGGGACUGGCGUGCUCUGGUCAUGAAGAGUUGGACACAACUGAAGGAUAAACAACAACAACAACAACAGUCCCUUGCCAGUUGCUGGAAGCCACUGGAGGGGAGAAGGAGGCUCUUGUGGGUUUCCCGUGAUGGGCCCCGGUCGGCCCCUGUGAGAACAGGAUGCUGAACUAGACCUGCCGCUGGCCUGACUCAGCAGGGCUCUUCCUCUCUUCUUAGGGAGCCUCCAGGUCCAGAGGCAGUCUAUCUGGACUCCUAGGUUCUUUGGGGAGUUUUUCCUGCUGAGAACAGGAGGCUGGCUAGAGGGGCUCCCUUUGGCCUGACCCUGCAGCCCCGUCUCUUGCUCUUACGUCCAGGGCAGGGCAGAGCGGGAGGCACUGCUGGGGACGCAGGGAGCAGGAUUGGGGCUGCUGGCCUCUCCCACGGCCGGCACCUGGGCAGGUGGAACUUCUUUGUGACUUUUUCUUUUUGUCAUGGCGCCCUCCCCUGUUGGCGUGGGGUCUUUGCAGGAGAGCUGCCUUGGCUGUCCUGCCGCUGCGCUUCCUCCCCUGGGGGGGGGGACCCCUCUCUCAGUGCGCUCUGCCUCGCUCUGGAUGUUUGGGGACGCUCAGCCCAAGCUCUGAGCUGCCACGUUCUCCCCCCUCCUCUGGAAGAGGCUGGUUUUCAGGGGGUGGGCAAAGGGUGCUGGCUCCCUUGACACCGAGCAGGAUGCGACCUGCUUUCCUUCCAGGUGACGUUUGAGGACGUGGCUGUCUACUUCUCGCCUGAAGAGUGGGCGCAGCUGACGGCCUGGCAGAAGGCCCUCUACUGGGACGUGAUGAAGGAGAACCACAACCUGGUGGCCUCGCUGGGUGAGGGUCCCCCUUGGAUAGCCUCCGGGGGGGGAGGGUCGCAGCCGCUGGCCCCAGGACACCCCGGAAGGUGGGGUGGGGUGGGGGUGAUGGCGGACCCUUCAAGUCCGCUGGAUCCCUCAAAGUUCUGGCUUUGCCCCACCAUCACCACCUGAAGGCUCUGUGUCCUCCCUCUCCCUUCCAGCCUCCCCCUCAGGCCUCUCCUGGCUAAGCCUGGCCUGCCUUGGGCAGCGUCUCUGAGGGCUGCUACGCGACGUAAAGGGGGCUGAGGCACAUGGCCUCCCCAGCCGUGACCAUUAGGUGGAGCCUCCAUGUCCUACGGCAGUCUUCCUGGAAGUGCCAGGUGCUGGGAGAUGCGAGGAGGGCUGUUGCCUUCACGCUUUGCUGGCUGGGCCCUGCUCUCCGAGACCCAGGGGGCUGGGCUGGAUGGGGCCCUGCUCUGAUCCAGCCACCAAGCUCCUCUUCCUCCUCUUUGGCAAGAGUCCCCUCUCAGGGUGGCGGCCGACCUCCACUGCGGGGGGCUGGACUAGAUGUCCUUUGGCGAUCCCUUCCGACUCUGCUUCUACGUCCAAACUCUUUCUCCGUGGCCAGGAAGGCCUGAGGCAGAUCUCCUCUGACCAUUGCCAGGGGAGACCAGUUAGGGGCCCUCCCCCUGCUUUCUUGCUCCUCCAGACAUGCCACAUCCGCCCCACAUCUGCCCCCUUCAGGCCCUUGGCUCCCCCUUGUGGCGCCCAAGUCUUUCCCGCAGGUGGUGACUUUUCCACUUUCUCUCCUCGCAUGUAGCCCCUGCCCGUGACCCCGAGCCAGAGGUCUUGGGCCGGAUGGAGCGAGGGGAGGCCCCUCCUUCUGAGGCCCCCAUGGAGAAAAAGCCGGAAGAGGCUCCCCGAGUGCCCAGCCCAGGUGAGUGAGGCCCUUGAGGGGUGAAGGUCCUGACUGAGUCCUGCCUUUAAGGGGGUUGGGCCGGAUGACCCUUGGGGGUCCCUUCAAACUCUGCAACUUUGUGAGCAGCAAAUGUGGCCACUGCUGAACCCGAUGCUUCUCAGUUGGCGUCAGUUGGCGACCUGAAAGGGACAGAUCCUGGUGCGCAUGUGGGUUGGGCUGCUCUGGGCUGGCUAUGGAGAGCAGCGAGUGCGAAUCAUUUUCUGGAGCUCCUGUCUCCCUGUGCAUCCGCAGGAGAAGCCCAUUGACAGGCAGGCAAGUCAGGGGGUGGCAUGGAGUCUGGAGGGGGGUCUUACCCCCAGGGUUACACCACCUCUGAGGCAUGGCUUUUUUCUUUUUUUUAAGCAUUUUUAUUAAGUUUCCCAUUUUAACAAUCCAAUCAAAUCACAUUAAAUGUUUCAAAUUAUACAAAUACAUAUCAAAUAGUCCAAAUAUUCUGCCUAAAUUAUAAUUUUUUUGUUGGGACUUCCCAUGCUUCAAGUUUGGGGUGGCUUCUUAUCCAAGACCAGCAGGGAGCAGAGAAAGCUGCUUUACGUUGGGCUGUGGAGCUCAGGAUUGCCUACACUGGCUGGCAGCAAUCCCUGGCAGCGUUUUGCCGUCGUGCCCAUCCUGCUGUGGCCAUCAGUGACGUCUGGCUGAGCUUCGGAGUUUCCUCCUCCUUGCCGUUGUCAGCCUUUCCCAGCAUUUAUGGCGUAGAAACCUCCUUGCAAAUUCUGGGUGAACAGUUUAUUGCCUCAGGACAGCUCAAACCCAUGAAGGGCAUCGAGUUAAGACGUGCUGAUGCAUCCAGAGCUGCUCUCCGAGGAAGAGAUCCAGACACACAGCAGGAUCCGGCCCGAUAUGCCAUACUCCACACGCAGUGCUGACGGCCGCCUUGGCUUUAGACCCACCAAUGCACAAACACACAUUCUUGGCAGAAAGGGAGGGAGGACGGAUCGUGCCAGAGCCUGUGGCCUUGAGCUGCUUCAGACAGUCGCCACCCCCCCCCCCCAGCCAGCAUCCUGAAUACAAACCAGAUGUCUGGAGGUGGUUGGAGGAUGGAUGAUGGCUAACAGAUUGAGGUUGAAGUCUGACAAGACAGAAGUACUGUUUUUGGGGGACAGGGGGCGGGCAGGUCCUGAAUGGGGUAACUGUGCCUCUGAAGGACCAGGUGCGCAGCCUGGGAGUCAUUCUGGACUCACAGCUGUCCAUGGAGGCACAGGUCAAAUCUGUGUUUAGGGCAGCUGUCCACCAGCUCCACCUGGUAGGCAGGAUGAGACCCUCCUUGCCCACAGACUGUCUUGCCAGAGUGGUGGAUGCUCUGGUUAUCUCCCGCUUCGACUACUGCCAUGCUCUCUAUGUGGGGCUAUCUUUGAAGGUGACUCGGAAACUGCAAUUAAUCCAGAAUGCGGCAGCUAGACUGGUGACUGGGACUGGCUGCCGUGACCAUGUAACAUCGAUCCUGAGAGAUCUUCAUUGGCUCCCAGUAUGUUUCCAAGCACAAUUCAAAGUGUUGGUGCUGACCCUGAAAGUUCUAAACUGCCUUGGCCCGGUAUACCUGAAGGAGCGUCUCCACCUCCAUCGUUCUGCCCAGGCACUGAGGUCCAGCUCCAAGGGCCUUCUGGCGGUUCCCUCACUGUGAGAAGCCAAGUUACAGGGAACCAGGCAGAGGGCCUUCUCAGUAGUUGCACCCGCCCUGUGGAACUCCCUCCCGUUAGAUGUCAAAGAGAAAAACAACUACCAGAUUUUUAGAAGACAUCUGAAGGCAGCCCUGUUUAGGGAAGCUUUUAAUGUUUAACAGGUUAUUGUAUUUUAGUGUUUUGUUGGAAGCUGCCCAGAGUGGCUGGGGAAACCCAGCCAGAUGGGCGGGGUAUAAAUUAUUAUUAUUAUUAUUAUUAUUAUUAUUAUUAUUAUUAUUAUUUUGGAGAAGAGCAACUCAAGCCCCAGACCCAGACCCAGCAGCCAGGGCCAUUUUGCACAUACACCCAAAUUGCACCAGCAACGCCUCUCCAGGGUUUCUGGCUUCGGGGGGGGUGGGGGGGGUCCCUCAGCCUUUUCUGGAGACGCCUCCAGGGGUUUAACAGGACCUUUUACGUACAGAGCAAGUGCUCCGUCAGGAAGUUAGGGCUUCCCUCCAAGCACAGUGGCCUGUCCUGUGUGCCUUGGGGGUGACUCUCUCCUGCUUCUCUUACACGCCCCCCCCCCCUCAAGGUGGCUCUGGCUGGCAGCGGCAGGACUUGCCCCCAGCCCCCUGCAGUGGCAAAGGCAGUCCCUCCCGUCGGAGACCUUGGGGUUCACUCAUCCAGCAUUCAAUUUAGACACAGCUUGAUUGUAAGCAAGCAAGCAAGCAAACUUCAAAGCAGUUUACAAAAAAGAUAAGCCCAUAAAAUGACUGUGAAGAAAAAUUAACAAUAAUUUAAGACGUUUGAAAAGGGAAAAUAACACUAGACUAAAAGCAGAAUUAAAACUCACGCCAGCAUUCUAAGCACCUGGUUGGCUUGUCUAAACAGGAAUGUUUUAGCAGGUUUUGAAAGGGGAAAAGGCAAGCAGCUUCCCAGUGUCAAUUGGCAGGGAGUUCCAAAGGGCAGCUGCUGCUUCACUAAAUAAUCAAGUUCUGACAGAGGCGGAACAGGUCUUCGGUGGCACCUGGAACUGUGCCAGUUCCUCUGAUCCAAGUGGCACCUGUGGGGUCAGGCGAUCUCCUAGGGAGACGGGUCCCAAGUUGUUAAGGGACACUAAUAGUAGCUCCAGGAAUCCUCUUUUCAUCCCUAGUCCUUAAAAACAGGCAGGUGCAAUUUGACUCUACCUUCUAAGGUUUCCUUGAGCUACUGACAUUUUCCUUCCCUCUCCCUCUCUCUUCUGGGUGCAGCUUCUGGGGCUAAGCAGCAGCUGGAGGUCAGGAGAGGACCAGGCGCGGAGCAUCCCUGCAGCAAGACUCAGCCCGAAAAAGCCAAGACGGACGCUCUGGGUGAGUGGCGCCAGAAGGCUUCCAAGGCAGCAUGCAAUGGUGGUGCCAGGAGGCCUGUUGCAGCUCUGGGGCCCCACUGGGACUGUGCUGGGACUUGGUGGCCCCCCGUGGGAAGGCCCUGCCUUGCAGGAAGAAGGUCCCGGCUUCAAGUCCCGCUGGCCUCUCCAGGAAGGGCUGGGAGAGAGGCCCUGCUGAAACCCUGGAGAGCCAUUGCUGCCGGUCAGUGCAGGCCAUCCUGGCUAGAUGAGCCAAGCAUCUGACUCGGUACAAGGCGUGCCGCUGGAUGGUAUGGGGCAUGUGCCCCCUCUCUACCCUGGGGGUGUCUCCCUGCCCUCCUGGGAGGGGGUGGCGCUGGGUGAAUCAGGCUGGCCAGAAAGGGAACCUGAGGGUGGGGGAAGGGGCACAGGAGCACAAGGGGGAGCUCUCUGCCAAUGGGGGGGGGCUACUUGGGUUGCAGGUGAGUUUCUCCAGGGACACAGAGAGCCUCUGCCUCCCUCCAGAGCAAGGCUGCUUGUGCCCCUUCGUGACUUGAAACGGGGUGGUCCGAAAUGGGCAGAGUAGAUUUUCACAGAGGUUGCGGUCACUGGGCGACCUGCAAAAGCCAUCACUUAUAGAGGAAGGUUGCCUUGGUGACCUUUUAUUUCUUCCUCCAGCCCCCCCCCCCCGUCUGUUUUUUGCUGGAGAACCUUGAGCUUGGGGUCCACCCUCUUUCCUAGCCCUGGCUAAUAGACGUCGUGCCAUGUCACUAUUCAUUUGUUGGCCUAAAACGACACCCUGGGGCAAAGCAGACAAUGCAAACACAACUACAACCAUACUGAUGCAAACACAACAGAAAUCAUGAUAAAUCUUGUUUCAAAAGUAUUAAAAUACAUCUGUUUUCCUUACCCAAAGGCCACAGAUCAUUCAGCUCCUGUCUUGAAGGGUCCCGGGCAGGUGGGCGCAAGGCGGGGGCAUGGCUGGCACUCCUGUCUCUCACCUGUAUUGACCUUCCCUUUCUCCUCUGUCCUCCUUCUCCAGCUGACGCCAAGCCCCACAUCAAGCGUGAGGAGCAGCGGGGGGACCCCCAGGGGCCGGCCACCCACCACUGCAAGGACUGCGGCCGCACUUUCCCCCAGCGGGACGCCCUGAUUUCCCACGUCCUGCGCACCCACUUUGGCGAGCGAGCGCUGCCCUGCCCGCAGUGCGGAAAGUUCUUUGGCAGCGACAGCAGCCUGGCCGCCCACCAGAGCACCCACUGCCUGGAGCGGGUCUUCACCUGCAUCGACUGCAAGAGCAACUUUGUCUAUGAGGAGCAGGAGGCGGCCCGGAUCCAUGCCCAGCUGGCCCUGGGGAAGCUUUUCAAGUGCUUUGGCUGCAGCUGCAAGAUCGCCGCCCUCCUGGCCAGAGACCAGAAGCCAGAUGCGCAGGAGGGCUGCCCCCCCUUCGGGCAGCUGGAUGCCACCUUCUACAGGUGAGGAGUCUGGGACUGGCGGGAAGGGAUUCUCCAUAGUCACGGAGUCAGGGAUCACCUCCGGGCGUCUCUGGCCUGAGAAAUUCAUCUUUUGGGUUUUUAAAAUAAAAAGCUCCUGCACGUGGAGGUUGGUUAUUCUCUUCCCUGCCCUCCAUCCAAGGGCCAAAACUAACAAGAUGGAAUUUCAAAAGCGACAAAUGUCAGGUUCUGCAAUUAGGCAGGAAGAACCAGAUGUGCAAAUAUAGGAUGGAGGACACCUAACUUACUAGCAGUACAUGUGAAAAGGAUCUAGGGGUCUUGGUGGACCACAAGCUGAACGUGAGUCCACCAUGUGAUGCAGCAGCAAAAAAAACCCUAAUGCUAUUCUGGGCUGCAUCCACAGAGGUCUAGUGUCCAGAUCAAGGGAAGUCAUAGUCCGACUCUCUUCUGCCUUGGUCAGACAAACACCUGGAAUACCGUGUCCAGUUCUGGGCGCCACAAUUUAAAAAGGAUGUUGACAAUCUGGAAUGUGGGCAGAGGAGGGCAGCCAAGAUGAUCAAGGGUCUGGAAACUAAGCCUUAUGAGGAGCAGUUGAAGGAGCUGGGGAGGUUUAGCCUGGAAAAGAGGAGAUUGAGAGGAGAUCUAGAAUCUUAGAGCUGGAAGGGACCCAAGGGUUAUCUAGCCCCCUGGGGAGAGCCAUAUUCAAAUAUCUCCAUGGCUGUCACAGGGAAGAAGGCGCUAGCUUGUUUUCUCCUGCUCUGGAGGGCAGGAUCCAAAGCAAUGGAUUCAAGUUACAAGAAAGGAUAUUCUGACUAAAUAUCAGGAAUAAGCUCUCGGACGGUAAGAUCUGUGCCACAGUGGAAGGGUCUCCCUUAUGAGAUGGUGGCCUCUCCUUCCUUGGAGGUCUUUCAACAGAGGUUGCUUGAGCUGAGAUUCCCGCAUUGCCGGGGGUUGGCCUGGAUGACCCUGGGGGUCCCUUCCAGCCCCUUCAUUUUGCCUCACUGCCCCCUCUCCUUUUCAUCCCUCAGCCGCCAGCGCGCGAUGGAGCAGGUCCGCCAGCGGGCCGCCCACUGGACCACCUCGGAGACCAAGGCCUUUGUGGAGCUGUGGGGGGACGACCGCGUCCAGACGGCGCUCUUUGACAACUAUCGCAACGAGGUGCAGUACAAGCGGCUGUCGGACAAGAUGCGGAAGAUGGGCUUCCACCGCAACCUGGAGCAGUGCCGCCAGCGGGCCAAGGACCUGCGCAGGGGGUUCAAGGAGAUCCAGGAUGGGAACCUGCACUCCAACCGGGCGCGCCAGACCAUGCCCUUCUUUGCCCUCCUGGACCGCUUCCUGCUGAUGAGCCGGGGGCUGGUGGUGCCCAAGGUGUGCGUCAACAGGACCAAGCAGAGAGGGCGCAAGGGCAGGGGGCGCAGGGAGGAGCCCCAGGGGGGAGAAGCCCCCUUCCUGCUUGCCCUGCCCGCCCAGCACCCCAAUUUGCGGGACCGGAUGCUGCAGGAGCAGGAUCCGUACCUCCACGCCCUGGCGCUCCCCGACUUCCACCUGCAGAGCCGCUUCACAAGCCAGUAUCGCCAGGGGGCCGGUCUCCCUGACUACCAGCUGCCGACCCCCGACCAGGACCCCCCGGCCAACGCUGUGGGGCUGCCCGGCUGCCCGCUGGAGGGGCAAGACGAGGACUCGCCCACCCUGCGGCUGGCAGACUUCUCUCUGCGGCCGCAGGACCCAGACGCCUCCCUCGCUGUGGAGUCCUGCCGGGCAGCCGCUCGCAGCCAGAGCCGGGACCUGGUGCUGAGCCCCAUCAAUGGGCUUUCCGCUACCAGCAGCCUCUGGUCAGAGAUCGCCAGCAUGACUCCUACGGAGAACCCCGCUGGCGUAGCAGCCCCAGGAAGCGCCCAGAGUGAGUAUUUGCUUAUUGGUUUAUUUAUUUCUUCACAGUAUUUACAGCUUGCCCUUCAUUGAGCGUUGUCCAUCCCAGAGCAAAGUAGUAAAACUAAACAGGACCAGUAAACACCUGGGAAACUUCUAUCAUACGCUAAACCAACAAAAUUAGAGUAGAGGAAAAAAUCAUUAUAUUAAGAUCCACAAUUGGGGGGGGGGAGUCAAAGGGGAUUAUAUGUUUAUGUUUUUAUUUCACUUCUUAACCUGAAGACCACUUUAGCUAAUGGGGCCUCCCGCCGCUGCACGAUUUCUGUUCUCAUCCUGAAGCAAAGUUCUUAACCCAAGGUACUGUUUCUGGGCUAGCGGAGUCUGUAACCUGAAGCGUCGGUAACGCGAGGUACCACUGUAUUUAGAAAGCAGCUCAUGCCUCUCUUUUUCUUCUUCCUUCCGCCCCGUCAGCCUGGCACCCUGGGAAGGCCCCCAGCUCCUCUGCCAAGCGGAUGCGUGACCUCCGCUUGCGCCGCAGGAGGCAGCGGGCCGCCAUGGCACGGGUGCUGCUGGGGGCCAGCUACCGCCCCAACGACCGGACGGUGUGGAGCAAGACGCAGAAGACGGACUGGUGGGACAACCUGGUGGCCGGGCCGGCCGAUGAGGGCGAGUGGGUGCGCUACUUCCGCAUGUCGCGGGAGGCGGUGCUGGAGCUGGUGGAGAGGCUGCGGCCGGUGCUGCAGCGCGAGGACACCAACAUGCGGGCCGCCAUCCCCGUCGACAAGCGCGUGGCCCUCACGCUCUGGAAGCUGGCCACCUCGGACAGCUACCGCUCGGUGGCCAACCAGUUUGGCGUGGGCGUGUCGACCGCCUCGGUCAUCGUCAUGGAGGUGUGCGAGGCCAUCCACGACGUCCUGCUGCAGCAGGUGGUCCGCCUGGGGGACGCCCAGGCCGUCAUGGAGGGCUUUGAGCAGCUGGGCUUCCCCAACUGCAUUGGCGCCGUGGACGAGACCCACAUCCCCAUCCUGUGCUCGCCCCACGGCGCCUCGGCCUACAUCAACGGCAAGGGGCUGGUCUCCAUGGUGCUGCAGGCCCUGGUCGACAGCGCAGGGCGCUUCAUGGACGUCUACGCCGGCUGGUCGGGCGGCCUGCAGGACUCGGGCCUGCCGUGGGGCUCCCCGCUCUUCGAGCGCAUGGAGAAGGGCACCUUUGGCCCCCAGACCACCACGGAGAUCGAGGGGGUGGCCGUGGGCCCCGUCCUGCUGGGGGGUCCUGCCUGCCCCCUGCGGCCGUGGCUGAUGAAGCCCUACCCAGAGGCCCCGGAGGGCCCCCGCCAGCGCUUCAACCUCUUGCUGGGCAAGUGCCGCAUGGCCGUCAGCUACGCCUUUGAGCGGCUCAAGGGCCGCUGGCGCUGCCUCCUCAAGCGCCUGGACGUGGCCGAGAAGAACGUCCCACUGGUCAUCGUCGCCUGCUGCAUCCUGCACAACAUCUGCGAGAGCCGCAACGAGGCCAUGCAGGAGGGUUGGGAGGAAGGCAUGGACUACGCCGACCUGCCCUCGGCUGAGGGCCAUGCGGACGCCUUCUCGGACGCGGAAGAAGGGGCCGGGGAGGCGCACGGCGUCCGCGAGGCCUACUGCACAUUCUUCGAGAAGAGGCGGCAGGCAGAGGAGCUCUGAGGGGCGCUGUGCGUUGUGUGUGUUGUGCGAGGACACCCCCUUCCCCACCCCACCCUGUGGGUGCUGCCAAGAAGUGGGGACAGGAACUCAGGCUAACUCAGGUUGCAAUUCUCUUCCAUGACUUCCCAGGGGGACAGCGUCCAGGGGUCCCCCUCGGGGAAGUCCCCCUGCUUACCGGUUGCACUGUUUUGACCUUUUAUAAACCUUUUAGAAAAAUUGGCUUAAUAGCAAGUUUUCACCCUGGACCUCAAUAAAUCCUUGUUCUUCUUGAAAGGACUUUGGUGGGCGUGUCUUAAAUGUGAAAUUUCUCAGGUUUCCCCAGUCAUGAAUGAGGCUGGCAGGAUCGGGGGGGGGGCAGGGGGCCCCCAGUUCCCUUUGCAAAACAGGGCUUGGUGCAGGAUGUGAAUGAGCACAAGAAACACAAGGGCUGGGGGGGGGGGCGCAGUGAAGGGACAAGUACAGUAGGGUGUGCUGAUUUUUACAACAAAGUUGUAAUGACUUGGAAAUUCAAAAGAUUUCUUGGUUAAAUUAAUAUAACUUAGUUUUGCUUGGUAAGUAAACUAUGUGUAAGAUGGCAUGGACAUCAUUAAAAAUGACUGCAGUUAUAUUUUAUAUUAAUAUUUUUACUUUUAUUUAUUAAUCCUAUUCAUUUUUAGCAUUACCUGACAGUUUCAAAAGGUAAAAUUAAAAUUCUUUGAUUUUC